AUGACUAGAGGCUCCACUGUAAAUCCAGACUCACCAGUCUUCAAUCCGAAGAAAUUUCUCGCUACAGAACGUGACAACUCUAAAAUCAAUAUCACACAAUUGAACCAUUUUUUAGAAUCUACCCCAGAAAAUAGCAGACUGGUUCGAUCGUUAAUCGAUCAAAUAGUCAAUGACCCAAUCUUGAAAACACAAACCAAUUAUUAUGAUAAUGAAAUAUUAAAAGAAAGGGAACAGACUCUAAAAAAAAUCGCGAGAUUAUCGUUGUAUAUGGAACAAGAUAUUAAAACAGUCCGCCAUUCAUUCCGUAAUAAAGAUUUACUUAAAUCCUUACAAGACGAACAAGAAAAUGCAAACACACUGACUAACAAAGAUAUUUCCAUCUUUGAUAAGAGAUUAUCUUUAAUUGCAAUGAUCGAUCCACAAUUGAGCACAAGAGUAGGUGUUCAUUUGGGUCUAUUCGGUAAUUGUAUCAAAGGGAAUGGUACUGAUGAACAAAUCAAAUAUUGGCUACAAACUAAAGGUGCUCUUUUCAUAAAGGGGAUAUAUGGGUGUUUUGCCAUGACAGAAUUAGGGCAUGGUUCCAAUGUGGCUCAAAUGCAAACCACGGCUACUUAUAAUCCUGAGGAUGACACGUUUAUUAUUAAUACCCCUAAUUUAACAGCCACCAAGUGGUGGAUCGGUGGCGCUGCUCAUUCAGCAACUCAUUCUGUAGCAUAUUGUAGAUUAAUUGUCAAUGGCAAAGAUUACGGUGUCAAGACCUUUGUCGUCCCCUUGAGAAAUAUCACCACAUUUGAUUUAUUACCUGGCAUUUCCAUUGGUGAUUUGGGGAAGAAAAUGGGGCGUGAUGGGAUUGAUAACGGUUGGAUUCAAUACAAGAAUGUGGUUAUUCCAAGAGAAUACAUGUUGAGUAGAUUUACAAAAGUGGUUAAAGAUCCUCAAACAGGAGUCCCCACAGUCAAAACACAGCCUCAGCUAGAUCAAAUUUCAGGGUACAGUGCCCUUUUGAGUGGGAGAGUCAAUAUGGUGAUGGAUUCCUUCAGAUUUGGUUCAAGAUUCACUACUAUUGCAACACGUUAUGCUGUGGGCAGACAACAAUUCGCCAAUACAAAAGAUUCUCCUGAGACCCAGUUGAUCAAUUAUCCAUUACAUCAAUACCGUUUAAUUCCUCAAAUUGCUAUUACUUAUUUAAUCUCACCUGUAGCAUUUGAUCUAUUGGAUAACUAUUAUACCACAUUGGAAGAAUUAUAUACAGCAAGUUCAAACAAAUCAAGUUCUGCAUCUUUAGAUUUGGUUAGUAAGAAAUUGAAAAAUUUGUUUGUAGAUAGUGCAGCUUUAAAGGCCACAAAUACAUGGUUAGUAGCACAAUUGAUUGAUGAACUAAGACAAUCAUGUGGUGGUCAUGGCUAUUCCCAAUACAAUGGGUUCGGUAAAGGAUAUAACGAUUGGGUGGUUCAAUGUACAUGGGAAGGGGAUAAUAAUAUCUUAUCAUUAACUGCUGCCAAAUCCAUUGUCAAGAAAUUCGUUGAUGCUGCGUUAAAAGGGAAAUAUAAUUCGUCGUUGGAUGAGCAUUCAUUCGAUUAUUUGAAUCCAACAAAUAUUAUGAAAAUCAUGUCUACUUCUUCUUCACCCUAUUUCGAAUUUAAGGAAGGGGGCGGAGAAGAUGAUAAUCAAGAUUAUAGAACCAUAUGGGGAGUCAUGCUAGUCAAAUUGAUUGCACAUAUUGCCAAACAGAUUAGAAAGACAAAUGAUCCAGACAUGAUGUCCAAAUCAUUGGUGAUGGUAUCAAAAUUUCAUUCAAUUCAAUUAAUGUUGAAAUGUUUUGAAACUAAAUUAAACAACAAGAAAACCUCUGACCCUAAGACAAGAGAGAUAUUAUGGAAACUUUAUAAAUUGUUUUCAUUGUACUUCAUCGACAAACAUUCUGGUGAAUUCCAGCAGUUCAAAAUAUUAAAACCAGAUCAAGUCACAAACGUCAUUCAAAAGAAAUUGUUGCAAUUAUUACCUGAAAUUAGAACAGAAUGUAUUGCCCUCACAGAUGCUUUUAAGUUACCCGACGAAGUCUUGAAUGCUCCAAUAGGUUAUUACGAUGGUGAUAUCUAUCAGAACUAUUUUAACGAAAUUAUCCAAAAUAAUCCAGUAGAAAAGACAGAAGCUGGUAAGCCACCAUACGUGGAUCUACUCUUAAAAACAUUGCACAGAGGUUACACAUUUGACGAAGCUCUGGGUGGAUCUUCAGAUUCUUCCAUACUGGAAAAAUUAUCCAAAUAA